AUGGUGCAAAUGAAAAUGUUGGCAAGAUCACAUGUUUUUUGGCCUAACAUGAAUCAGGAUAUUGAGGAUGUACUAAAAAUUUGUACCGUGUGUCAGCUUUUACAAAAUGUGCCAAGAUUAAAGGAUCUGUUAAGCUGGAACAUUGUAGAUAGUUAUUCCAAAUGGAUAGAUGCACAUGUGAUGCGGGGAACUGAUUGCGAAAAAACAUUAAGCAAACUUCUUAUGUCAUUUGGUAUGUUUGGCUACCCACAAGAGUUAGUAUCCGACAAUGACCCUCCAUUUACAGCAAAAGAGUAUGCACAGUUCUGUCAGAACCAUGGCAUUCGGUUUACUCAUAGUCCCCCAUAUCAUGCGAAAAGUAACGGUAUGGUGAAAAAAAGCGUACAAACGGUUAAACAGAAUCUGAGAACGCAACUACUUGAUUGUAAAGCGGGGUUGAGUAUGGAGAGUAAAGUGGCGCGGUUCCUGUGGUUUGUGAGAAAUACACCAUGUGUAAGAACAGGAGUAGCUCCAUCAAA